GUGGCGUUGUAGCGUUUAGUAGUUUUUAGUAAUGCGUACAUUGUAUUCGUAAUCCUCUGCUUCUAUGCAAGUAAAUGUUUUAUAACAGUUGCAGAUUCAGUAAACGCGUUCGAGCCGCAGUUCGCAAAAAUAACCAAAUGACACCCACAGUGUGAUUUCGGUCCUGUUCACAUCAAGGUUUUAAUGCACUGUUCACACAAUAUUCUGUCGCAUACCUCAGGUUUGUCUGCUGUGACAACGCGGCAGACGGCAUGGAGAGCACGGGCAGUAUCCAGCUCGACAUCCCGGACUUCAGCAACUCGGUGCUGUCCCACCUGAACCAGCUACGCAUGCAGGGCCGCUUGUGCGACAUUGUGGUGAACGUGCAGGGCCAGAGUUUUCGCGCGCACAAGGUGGUGCUCGCCGCCAGCUCACCGUACUUCCGUGACCACAUGUCACUGAGCGAGAUGAGCACGGUGUCCCUCUCGGUGAUUCGAAACCCGUCGGUGUUCGAGCAGCUGUUGUCAUUUUGCUACACAGGCCGGCUGUGCUUGCAACUGGCUGACAUCAUUAGCUAUUUGACAGCGGCCAGCUUUUUGCAGAUGCAGCACAUCAUUGACCACUGCACACAGAUCCUAGAGGGUAUCCACUUCAAGAUAAACCUGUCUGAAGUCGACGGAGACCUGGUGGCAGCCCACCGGGGGUCCGGCCGGACCUUGGAGCCUGGGAGUGUUGCCGGGAGUUCAAUGGGUCCGCACCUGCUCAGCCCCAGACACAGUACCCCCAAGGUGACGGGCCCGUGUGGAGGUGUAGGAGCGAUGGAGGGACACAACGCACGUGAGGCGCAGGACGUGAGCCCGGCGGGCAACUCCAUGAGCCCUCCGGUGGUGGAGCACAGUGGGCUUGGGUCAGAAGCUGUGGGCAAGGGGGGGGUGAGCAGCAUCAGGGAAAAGGAGCCAGUCCUGCGCAUCAACCGAGCGGGGCAAUGGUACGUCGAGUCUGGACUAGAAGACGGUAGGGAGGAGGAAAUACGAGUGCGGGUGCCAGAUGGCCUGCGGAUCAAGACGGAGCGUUUGGAGGAAUGGGGUGGCACGGAGAUGCAGGCGUCGUCGGCGGUUGAAGUGAGUGGGACGGAGGAAGGGGGUGCCCCCAUGAUGAUUGACGCCUCAGGGCGCAGCUCACUGGUGCAGGAGGAGUUUGUGUCGGGGGCCUCUGGGUCAAAGAGCUCCCAGCCCUCCAGCAGCUUCAGCGAGACCGAGAGGUUCAGUCCUACAGGUAGUGUUGUGGUGAUGGCUGAGCGUCAGAGGGCCAAGAGUGAGUCUCCAGGGAGAGUGUAUGAUCAGAAACAUCCCAGCUCGCAGGGGAGUAUGUCAUCACUGAAUAAACUGGACACUGUUUUGACUCUGGACAACAACAGAGUGGGUAGCAGGUGGAGAAGUGGUUUGUAUGUCACCAGAUUAGUACAGGCCAAAGACUUGUGACUUGUGGAUACAGAACAUCAUGAACAUUUCUUGUUGAUUUAAGUCAGGCGUUUUUGAAGUUACUGUGUUAUUUGUAAUGUAACUUGUACAUGUAAGUAUUAAUGCACUUUGUAUUGUAUUGAUUUGAAAUUAAACAGUUUUAAAUGAAAUUCUGUAUUUUCACACCUUUCUGUCUAAAGUGCUUUAAACAUUUGCAAUGUUUUAAAUAAAGGAAUCAAUAUAUUGCAAUAAUUGGAUCUGUGUGGAUUGAAUAGCAUUAUCUUAUGUAGGAUAUAAAUGAAAUCAAUACAAUGUAUGCAGUUUAUAAAAAACACAUUUAAUAAAUAGAUAAGUAGUAAAUAAUGAUAGUAAUAAUAAUAACAAUAAAGAUAACUUACCAAAAAAAUAAAGAAAUACGAUUACAGUACUGUACAAUUAACCUAGGUUUUCACAGUGCCUUUAUCGCAAUAUACAAUUGCAGUAACACUUAAACACAGUAAAACAUUGAAAUACUUCCAUUGGUUGAAGUGUAGGUUUGAAUGAAAAUGUGUCCUAUGUGCAUGACCCAUCACAUCUUAAGUAUUAAUAUAGGCAUCUGCUUAUCACACUCGCACUCUCUCAAGUCUUAAGUAUUAAUAUAGGCAUCAGCUUAUCACACUUAUCUGCAUAGCUCUACCAACCUUAACCAAACAUCCAGUUUGUUGACUUCUGUCAGGACCCGUGGUCAUUUCCUGAUCCAACUCCCAAUCUCUCUCCAGCUCAUUUCCUGUCUCUCUUCACUGUCCUAUCUCAUUAAAGGCAACAAGCCCAAAAAUAAAUAUAUGUAUAAAAAAAAAACCGAUAUUGCCACUUAGUGGUUGCUGCAUUGCCUUUGUUUGGAGGUGGGCACGUUUUUGUAGGUCAAGACCUAUUCAUGUGUGGAUUGCGAUAAAGCGUAAAGAAUUUACGUCAGUGGAAGCUGGCAUGGAUGCAUGUUAGUCGAUCCACAAAUGCAGGUUCAACACUUCACACACAGAAUUACAGAUUUACAAAUAUAAUUUCAUUACAGAUACACAUGCAAAGUAUGAUAUCGGUUUUUUUUAUUGUAAAAUAUACAGUUCAGUGCAAUACAAUACAAAGGUUUGCGUCCCCCUGCUCUGACUAAAUGAGAAAAGGAGUAAUACAAAGACAUUUAUUUUCAUCAACUUGUUUCAUCAAUAUAUAAUAAUAUAAUAAUAAUAAUAUAUAAUUUUACAAAUGUUCUUUCAUCAUCAAAAAAUAA